AUGAGCGAGGAGGGGGCGGGCGGCGGGGCCAGGAGGAGCGGCGGCUUCCCCAGCCCUGUCCCCAGCCUGGAGCAGAUGCUGGCCGCCAAUCCCGGGAAGACGCCCAUCAGCCUCCUGCAGGAAUAUGGCACUCGCAUAGGGAAGACCCCAGGCUACGACCUGCUCAAGGCCGAGGGCCAGGCCCACCAGCCCAACUUCACCUUCCGUGUCACCGUUGGGGACAUCAGCUGCACCGGGCAAGGACCCAGCAAGAAGGCAGCGAAGCACAAAGCGGCCGAGGUGGCCCUGAAGCUGCUCAAAGGGGGGGACAUGCUGGAGACCACCCCCCCCGAGGAGCCCAGUUCUCCUUCCCCCCCAGAGCCCCCAGCUGAGGCGCCCCCCCCAGCCCCCACCGUGGCUCCCCCCUCCCCCAGGGGGACCCCCCUGGACAUGAAGAGCUCCGUGGCCCCCCCCCAGGCCGAGUGCAACCCCGUGGGGGCCCUGCAGGAGCUGGUGGUGCAGAAGGGCUGGCGCCUGCCUGAAUACACAGUGACACAGGAGUCGGGGCCAGCACAUCGCAAGGAGUUCACCAUGACCUGCCGUGUGGAGCGCUUUGUGGAGAUCGGCAGUGGUACCUCCAAGAAGCUGGCCAAGCGCAAUGCGGCUGCCAAGAUGCUGGUUCGGAUCCACAACGUGCCCAUGGAGCAGAGGGAGGGCAGCGAGGCUGAGGUGGAGGAGGAUCAGUUCUCCAUGGGCUGCCCCCGGCUGGAGGGGCUGCGGGGCCGGGCCCCCGGCUGCACCUGGGACUCGCUGCGUAAUUCAGUGGGGGAGAAGAUGCUGCAGCUGCGGAGCCAUCCCCUGGCACCCAUGGGUGCAGGUGCCUGUGCCCUGCUCCAGGAGCUGUCCGAGGAGCAGAGCUUUGCCAUCAGCUACCUCGACAUCGACGCGCUGAGCCUCAGUGGCCUGCACCAGUGCCUGGUGGAGCUCUCAACCCAACCGGCCACCGUGUGCCAUGGGGCAGCCCCAUCCCGUGCCGGUGCCCGUGCCCAGGCUGCCCGCAAUGCACUGCAGUACCUGCGGGUGAUGGCCGGGGGCAAGUGAGCCGGGGGCACCGGGCAUGGACAUACGGACACACGGACACAGGAUGGACACACGGACG